CGGAAGUGUACCUUACAACCCGGAAGUUUUAGUGCACCCCGGUGAGCAGUCCGAGUUUAUCUUCGUUUAACCGAGUCUGUCCGGGUAUGUUCUGGAUUAAAGCUUCAUUUUAAAGGUUGGAGUGGCUGCUGAACCAGCAGGCAGUCAUGGCUCACAUCACCAUCAACCAGUACCUGCAGCAGGUUUACGAGGCCAUCGACAACCGCGAGGGCCCGUUCUGCGCCGAGCUGCUGUCCUUUAAACACCUGCAUGUCGCCAACCCCCGGCUCCAGCUGGCCAGUCCAGAAGAAAAGUGCCAGCAGCUCCUGGAGCCGCCGUACGAUGAGAUGGUCGCCGCUCACCUCAGGGGCCGUGAAGUGACCGAUGGUGAGACCGCAGGUAACCAUAGUAACAGGACCGAUCCAUUACCAGGUCUCACUGUGCGCGUGUGUUACAGGUGUACCUACGCAGUGGCCAAUCACGACUUUGUUGAAGCCUACAAGUUCCAGACGCUCGUCGUUCAAUCCUUCCUGAGGGCCUUCCAGUCCCACAAAGAGGAGAACUGGGCUCUCUCGGUGAUGUUCGCCGUCACUCUGGAUCUCAGAGUAUUUGCCAACAAUGCGGAGCAGCAGCUGCAAAAGAAGAGUAAAGGCCAGCCCGGAGAGAUGCUGGAGAAAGCAGCCGAGCAGCUGAUGAGCUGCUUCAGAGUGUGCGCCAGCGACAAUCGCGCUGGGAUCGAGGACUCGAAGAAGUGGGGGAUGAUGUUUCUGAGCAACCAGCUCUUCAAGAUCUACUUCAAGAUCAAUAAGCUGCACCUGUGUAAGCCUCUGAUCAGAGCCAUCGACAGCUCCAACCUGAAGAACGACUACAGUCCCGCUCAGACGGUCACCUACAAGUACUACGUGGGCCGCAAAGCCAUGUUCGACAGCGACUUCAAGCCAGCCGAGGAGUCACUUUCUUACGCCUUCCACCACUGUCAUCGCUCGAGCCAGAAGAACAAGAGGAUGAUCCUCAUCUACCUGCUGCCUGUCAAGAUGCUGCUGGGUCACAUGCCGACUCAUCAGCUCCUGAGGAAAUAUGACCUCAUGCAGUUUGCCGACGUCACCAAAGGCGUGAGUGAAGGGAACCUGCUGCUGCUGAACGAGGCUUUGUCCAAACACGAGACCUUCUUCAUCCGCUGUGGGAUCUUCCUCAUCCUGGAGAAGCUGAAGAUCAUCACCUACAGGAACCUCUUCAAGAAAGUGUAUCUGUUGUUGAGGACUCACCAGCUGCCUCUGGACGCCUUCCUGGUGGCUCUGAAGAUGAUGCAGGUGGAGGACGUCGACAUCGACGAGGUGCAGUGUAUCCUCGCCAACCUGAUCUACAUGGGUCACAUCAAAGGUUACAUCUCCCAUCAGCACCAGAAACUUGUGGUCAGUAAACAGAAUCCAUUCCCUCCUCUGUCCUCAGUCUCCUAGACUACGUUACCCACAAUCCCCUCUGGCCGUGACGCUCCGCAGGAAACUUUUCUUCCAUUCAGUUAAUAAUUUUUUUAUUUUGUACUGUAAAAAGUGUUGAAUAAAACAGAUGCUGGUUUGUA